ACAACGUGAAGCACUUGAAAACACGAUUGAGAUAUAUCCAAAUCACAGACCCUAUUCGUUGUAGCUACGGCGGAUUUGGCGGCGGCUGCGAAGUGUUUUAGUGUUUGCAAGUUAACCAAAUUAGCCAUCACCGGAAUCUACUGCAAGAACCCUUUUUAAUAUACAAUUCUUUACUUUCUUCUAAAAUCACAGUUCCGAUGAGCAGCAACGGCGUUUGGCAGAGCAACAACGGUUACUAUAGCUAUGGAUAUGGAGGAGGAUACGUGGAGAAGAGACAACUAUUCCUUAAGAGCUACCAAUUCUCAAGGAAACAGAGUUUAACAGAGAAGAUCAAGAUAUCCGUGAAGAGAGUGGCGAAGAAAGUUGUUUGGAUGAGGUUGAAAUCUGCUAGAAGACUGAAACGCGUCGUUUGGUCACGUUUCAAAACGGCGUUUUUCUACCGCCGCAGACGUUUCUUUCGUCUCCUUCAUCCAAACAAACCCUCUUCCUACUGUUUCUACUAGGGUUUCUCUUUGACUUCUUGUCUCUGUUUCUUCGUUGAUGUGUGUGCAUAGUUAGCUGCGUGCUUAAUAAAAUUAAGAUUCAUGUUGUUUAAUUCACUUAAUAAUCUUGUUAUGUUUAAGGAUUGUGAUCGAAUUUUCGACUUUAGAAAGAUAAUCAAGAUUUUUGUUUUGUGAUUUA